UUAUCUGUAGUUUUAUUAGCGCCUAGUUAUUAUCUGUAGUUUUAUUAGCGCCUAGUUAUUAUCUGUAGUUUUACUUUGGAUGUUUAUUUAGAGCUUGUAUGAUACUAUUCCUUUUCAUGAUCGCCCUCAAUGUUCGUUUUCAUUUCUUUCCACUGUUACAUGAUCCUGGAAGCUGCAAAAUUUUCUUUUUUUGUUUUCUCCUUUUCGCGAUCCUGUUAAUAAAAGGUAAUUACACUUAGAAAAGGGACCAGAAAUGCAUUAGGAUGGUCAAGCAGCAGGUUUUGUAAAUGUUUAAUCAUUUCUUCGAAGCCUCUUUUUUUCCUUUAUUUGUCAGUCUAAGAAUAUCAGGCAGAAUAGAUAAUGCUAUCAUCUUCGUAUAUCAAAGUAGAACAGUUAUGGUUAAUUUUUGUUAUAAUCUUUGAAUCUUUUUUCUUGACUUGGCUGGCCUUAGUGUGUUUGACAGAUUCGUUUUUUUUCUUGUCUUUGUUAUUAAAGUGCUACUGAAACUUCUCCAAGUUAUAUAAACUGCAGACACUGCUUUUGGCUGCUGCCCUUUAUAUUUCAAUAUAGCUAGGAACAUACUUUUCUGCAUUCCAGUUGUCUGGCAUCUUUCCUUUGGAGCAUUUUGGUCCUUUAUUUAAAACCAUAUUCUGUGUUCAAUCUAUUAUCCACUGACAGGGGACUUGUAUUAAAGCAUAGGUCCUUUAGAUGUUCUAUUCAUUCUUGGAAAACUACAUCUUUAUGUUCAAGAACAGCCCCCAAAUGAUCAUCAGCCAGGCAGACAACUAGGUUCGAAGUUUUCUUGGGCAGUGUACUUUGAAUCUCCAAUCUCAUAUUUAAGUAUGUUUUUCAUCUCACCUACCGUCCAUAUUUGACCUCCAAUCGGGGGAACAAUGUAAUAGUGCGUGCCUUAUUUGGUGUUCUGAAGAAACAAGCAUCAUUUUUUUUUGGCUUUUCUACUGUACUAUUAACCUAAACUGAUUCAGCACUGGACUCACAUGAUUAAGAUUUGGUGUUGUUCUUCAAGAUAAUUGUGGUUCUUUUCUUCUCAUUAGCAUAUGCACAUAAUGAGAUAAGCUAUUAAACUGUUUAGCAUUUGGCCAUCUAGGCAUACUGUUGCAGCUGCUAAUGUUCUGUGACAUAUCUGGGCAUACUGUUGCAGGUGCUACUCUUCUGUUGACUCUUGGGGCUCAUCUAGUUUGGAAUUCGUUGAAUUAAGUGCUAAAUGAUUUAGUAGUUGUAUUGAGAAUAGAAAUGAAGAAAUGGUACUGUGGUAUUUUAAUUACAUCCCUGUUGAUGUUUUUGGUUUUGGGAUAUUGUGUGAUGAGGAAACCUGUCAAGGAAAGUUAUGUUACAAGUUCUCUCUACUUCAAUAUGACAAAUCCUCUUGAAUGGAUAAAUGCUAUGGCUCCUCCGGCAGCUCACCAUCCAGAAACUAUUACUCAAGUAAUAUCUGCUGAAAUUGUUGUAUCUGAUCUUUUUAUUGAGAGGAACCUGUCAGCUCAGGAGCAACAAUCUCUGUCUACGUGGUAUCAAUUGAAAAGGUUAACUACUCAUAAUCUAGUCUUACCUAAUUCUAUAGAGGCAGUUAAGGAAGCCAGUGUUGCAUGGAACAACCUCAUGAGUGCAGUAGAGAGGGAAAAAUUUGAUGCAAAUGAUAGUUCAAUUAAGGCAGGGAAACAGAAACAAUGUCCUCAUUUUCUUAGCAAAACCAAUGCUACAGAACUUGAUGCGGGCGGCUUUAAGUUACGGCUUCCUUGUGGUCUGACUCAGGGUUCUUCCAUCACAAUAAUUGGCAUUCCAAAUGGUCUUCUUGGGAAUUUUCAGGUGGAUUUGACUGGUGAGCCACUACCAGGUGAACCAGAGCCUCCUGUUAUUCUGCACUACAAUGUUAGGCUCCAUGGUGAUAAAAUAACUGAGGAUCCCGUAAUUGUACAAAACACCUGGACAAUUGCACAUGACUGGGGUGAAGAGGAGCGCUGUCCGUCACCCUCGGAUGAAAAGAGCAAGAAAGUGGAUGAAUUAGACCAAUGCAAUGAGAUGGUAGGUAAUGUCAUGGCUACCCGGCAUGUCACUGCAACAAAUAAAUCUAGCUUGGUUCAGGAUGGGGCUAAAUCAAGAAAAUACUUUCCUUUCAAGCAAGGAUAUCUCUCGGUUGCCACUCUGAGAGUAGGCUCUGAAGGAAUUCAUAUGACAGUAGAUGGAAGACACAUAACAUCUUUUGCUUUCCGUGAAACUUUGGAACCAUGGCUCAUAAGUGAAGUGAGGAUAUCGGGAGACAUAAAAUUAAUUUCUGUUGUCGCAAGUGGUUUACCAACAUCAGAGGAUUCAGAGCAUAUAAAUGACUUGGAAGCCUUAAAAGCAGCUCCUCUUCCUCCACGAAAAAGACUAGAUCUCUUUAUUGGUGUAUUUUCUACCGCAAAUAAUUUCAAACGUAGAAUGGCUGUCCGUAGAACGUGGAUGCAAUAUGAUGCGGUGCGGUCUGGACAAGUUGCAGUGCGGUUUUUUGUUGGCUUGCAUAAAAACCAAAUGGUGAAUGGAGAGCUCUGGAAUGAGGCUAGGACAUAUGGAGACAUCCAGCUGAUGCCUUUUGUUGAUUACUACAGUCUUAUCACUUGGAAGACCGUUGCCAUCUGUGUUUUUGGGACAGAGGUCGUUUCUGCAAAGUUUGUCAUGAAGACAGAUGAUGAUGCAUUUGUUCGGGUGGAUGAAAUCUUAUCUUCUAUGGAGAGGAUUAACGUGGCUCGUGGAUUGCUAUAUGGUCUUAUUAAUGCAGAUUCCCAUCCUCAUAGGAGUCAGGACAGCAAGUGGUUUAUCAGUCCAGAGGAAUGGCCUGAAGAAACUUACCCUCCUUGGGCACAUGGACCGGGUUAUGUUGUCUCCAGCGAUAUAGCAAGAACAAUCAGCUCGAAACAGAGAAAAGGUCGCCUAAAGAUGUUUAAGCUGGAAGAUGUUGCUAUGGGCAUCUGGAUUUCAGAAAUGAAGAAAAAAGGGCUGGAAGUGAAGUAUGAAAAGGAAGAGAGGAUUUUUAAUGAAGGUUGCCGUGAUGGUUAUGUUAUUGCACAUUACCAAGGCCCUAGAGAGAUGCUCUGUCUUUGGCAAAAGAUUGAAGAGAAAAAACGAGCUUUAUGUUGUGGCGAUUAACACAAAGUAGUUUUCGUUUGAGUUCUGAAGGCUCAGAAGUGUCUAUAACUAAGAUUUGACAAACUUCCUGCUGACUUUUUCUAGUAGCUGACCAAGGAAACGUACUUGAGGUGGAAUAUUAAAUAGGUCGGGAAGAAGAGGCCAAGGUCAUGCUUAUACCACAUUGUUGUACUAGGCGGUAGAGUAGUUACUAGCAUAUUGAUAUAAGUAGGUGAUUAGGUUAGCUUGUUAAAUAUACCACUAGAUAUUGAUUAGUGAAGAUGUUGGGGAAGGGAUCUGUAUUAUAAAGAGAGCCAAGUGUAGGGGCAUUUAUGUUGUAUAGAGCAUGGGCACACUAUGUACGGUGAUUAUUUUGUAUGUAAAUCACACGAUCUCUUGUACCCAUUUCUUGAGUGAUGGAGAGGAUUGAUGUAUACUACAGGAUAUUUUUAUGUUGGAGUUCUUGUCUGCAUUACAUCCUGUAGCAACUGCAAUCCUUAAGUGAACAUAAGAAUUGCUGCUAAUUCCAAUAUAUCCGACUCUUCUGAUACUGUA